AUGAGCACGGGGCCGCAGAAGAAGUGUAAAGAUUGCGUUAGGGAAGAUAUGUGUAAGAAUGGUGUCACAGUGAAUAUGGCACAAAAUAGGAACAGCUGGAAAGUAGUGAACCGAAAAGCCGACCCCAGCAAACUGGGAAUAAGUUUAGAAGAGGAAAGAGAAGAAGAGGAAGAAGAAGCAGAAAAAGAAGAAGAGGAGGAGGAAGAAGAAGAAUAG